GAUAUUCGAGUUGUGGAUGUCUUUGGGUUAGCUGUCGUCUGGACUUCUGAUUUGUGACUGUUGAUAGACCUAUGAAUAAAGGCACGACAUCAAGCGAUACACCAGUUACUCGCCUUUCAAAAAUUCUAUCUAAGGCUAAUUUCCUUGAAGCGUCCAGAAAGAAAACAGGACCGAAACUGGAUCAUAUAUCAGAAAUCGUACCUGCAGACAUAGAUGAGAGUGCAAAUCAAGAGCCCCCUACAAAAUCUUUAUGGGCUGAUGGACAGGAAUUCUUAGUUCGUGAAAGUUCUAACAGCUGUUCUUCCGGUUAUUACAGUAACGCCACAACUCGUUCUGCUCCAGCUUCGUGCAUAUCUGAACGCGUCUGUGAGGUUGUCACAUCGAAAAGCGACCAGCCUAUUACCACAGUUAGUGUUUGUGAAUGUACCGAAUCACUGACACCAACCCCCAAAAAACUACGCAGAGCCCACUCUUGCUCAAGUAGAGGCUGGCUUAAUAAACGACAACGUCGACAACAGUGGCCACGAAUAUCUGGGGUUUCUAGAGAUAAGGAUGGAUGCCUAUCUGUUAUGAAUUCUGAUACUAAUUCAUGUCCUGCUGUUAUAAGUAGUAAUGCUAAUCAGUCAGUUUUGAGACGUUAUUCUUUGCCACCUGUGGGAGAACUGGGAUCAUCAGGGACUUCAGAUGAAUCACCAGGUCAACCGAAAUUCAUGAACCUUUUAUCGCCAUCAAGAAGUCCUAGCCCCCUAAAACAAGAGUUGUCUAGCUGUUCAGUUUGCCCUGCGUUCAAAAAGCAACGUAUAGAUUCCCCUUUUAAGUCUGAUCUGGAUGCUACUUUACCGCCAGAGGAAUUAAAUGAAAUUUCUGAUCAUGACAAUGUUGGAACUUUAUUUACAAAUGUGAACCUUGGUCCGCGACCAUUUUUUGAUCUUUUACGUCAUCACUCAACACCAAUGCCACCUUCAUACUCUUGCAAGCCCUGUCCAAACUCUCCAAUUGAAAUUUCUGAUGAGAAUAUGGGCAAACCAAUUAUUUCUAGGUCCCUUUCUGAAGUACAUUCCAUUUCAUACGAAAAGAUUACAAGAUGCAUGAGUUCACUGAGCAGUUACAUUUUGUGCAGCGAUGGAAGGCGGGCGCGAGCAUUACCUGUUGUGGACAGAACUAGCUCAGGUUUACAUUGUGUGUCAGCCGAUACAGUUGCUGAACUGGUAUCGGGUAACAGCAAACGAAAUAUUAAUUAUGUUAUCGUGGAUUGCCGUUUCCCUUAUGAGUAUGAAGGAGGACAUAUAAAAGGAGCAAUAAACAUUUUUACUCACAGUGAUAUUGUUCAAGAAAUAUUCAACCGUGUUCCGGCACAACGACCACCUGGAACAUCCGGACCUCCACGAUAUCUUGGAGAAGAUUUAGCCCGCAGACUAGCAGUUACACAACGAGAACCACUCUCUGCACCUUGUGAACUUAUAUCUGAUGAUGAUGAUGCUGAUGAUGAUGUUGAUGAAUUACUCGGAAACACAACUUCAGAAGUUUCUGAUUCAGACCUGCCAUGUGCUGACGAUGACGUUGUUUUAGAGGCGGAUCUUCAGAGCGACAGUCCGAAAUCAGAACCAGACCUAAGCUAUGGUAGUAAUGGAACAUCUAAUUCAGGCGAAUCAAACAGUCAAGAUUCUCCUUUUGUGGUGAUAUUUCAUUGUGAAUUUUCCUCUCAACGGGCCCCUGCAUUGGCUGCAUUCCUCAGAAGUGUGGAUCGCGUUUCUAAUUACCAUCGAUAUCCGUUUCUUUAUUUUCCGGAGAUCUAUGUAAUGAAAGGUGGUUAUUCCGCUUUUUACCGAAAAUUCUCGCAUAUGUGUACGCCUCGACAAUAUGUGAAAAUGUUCAACCGGGACUAUCGCAAUGACUUACGCUUGUACAAACGACUUACACGUCGUGUCAGUUCUGCCUGUUUAGCAUGUAUUAAACCGCAACUAAAAGACGAUAAAAAAAGUGAUGCACGGAUUAUUGAUAGCUUUUGUCAGCUUCCCCUAAAUUUAAACGCCUGUUGUUCGAAUGUAACAAUGUGUGUUCCGCACUUGCCUCAGCUCUCUUGCAAGGAUGGGUUUCAUAUGCCAGAAUACAGUGAUAUUUCCCCUAAUACACAAAUUGAAAAUAAAGAGAAUUGCGCACCAACAGAUAAUAUGACUGUUGAACCCAGAGUAGAUAUGGUCACGUCUCCCUGUUCUGUGCCUGGAGGUUACAACAAAUUGUCGUCAAGUAUGGUCGAAAGUCCUCUUGGUUUGGCUGAGGUAGUUGUACGUGUUGGUCGUCAAGUGAUCGCAGCCACAUUGGGUAGUGCUGAUACCGAUUGUGCUGAAGUUGCUCGCUCUUUGGGACAGGUAAAGCAUCGUGAGUCAUGUCAGACAGAUCAACUUUUGGAAGGAAAGCCGCCUUUGCGUUGUCUUAAACGUUCACUUACAACUACUGCAUUAGAUAAUCAACGUCAGUUAAUGGGUUCAUUUGAAUAAUAACUAGAAAAAUAUAAUGAGAUUCACUUAUUCACUGCAAGUGGAAAGACUGUGGAUAGGAUAGAAGUCCUUUUUCUCGUGAAGACUGAACUUGAUUACUAUGGUGUAAAGCAGUGGAUGACAUUGAUGCCACUAUGCUAUUACUGCUCGUAUUCGUUGACUCAAGAGGACUACAAUUUAUCCGAACUCUUCGUAUUGUGGGUGUGUUUUGUAAAUAACUACCAUCACAGAAGGCAUUUAAGUAAUUCGAACCCAUCCAUCCAAAUCAACCUAGGACCAGGCAUU